CAGGGCGCUCCCCCUACCCCUGUCUCCCGGGUCUCUGGAGGAGCCCAGGAAGGAGGCUCGGCUAGUACCGCCGGGCCAGGGGCUGCCGGGACCCCACUGCGGCAAUCGUUAGCGGGUCAUGUCGGCCGCCCAGGGCUGGGACAGGAACCGCCGGCGGGGAGGAGGCGCCGCAGGCAGUGGCGGCGGCGGCGGAGGUAGCGGGGCCGGCGGGGGCAGUGGGGGCAGCGGGGGUCGGGGGACUGGCCAGCUCAACCGCUUCGUGCAACUCUCCGGGCGGCCGCACCUGCCAGGUAAGAAGAAAAUACGAUGGGACCCAGUUAGGAGGCGCUUCAUUCAGUCCUGUCCCAUCAUAAGGAUCCCUAACAGGUUUUUGAGAGGCCACAGACCUCCACCAGCACGAAGUGGACAUCGUUGUGUGGCAGAUAAUACCAACCUUUAUGUGUUUGGAGGUUAUAACCCAGAUUAUGAUGAAUCUGGAGGGCCAGAUAACGAAGACUAUCCUCUCUUCAGGGAGCUUUGGAGGUAUCAUUUUGCUACAGGAGUAUGGCACCAGAUGGGCACAGAUGGCUACAUGCCCCGGGAAUUGGCAUCUAUGUCACUUGUGCUACAUGGAAACAACCUCUUGGUAUUUGGAGGUACAGGCAUCCCGUUUGGUGAGAGCAACGGCAAUGACGUCCACGUGUGUAACGUGAAGUAUAAGAGAUGGGCUUUACUCAGCUGUCGGGGGAAGAAACCCAGUCGUAUAUAUGGACAGGCCAUGGCGAUCAUCAAUGGCUCCCUUUAUGUUUUUGGAGGGACAACUGGCUAUAUUUACAGCACAGACCUGCACAAAUUAGAUCUCAAUACCAGAGAGUGGACACAACUGAAACCAAACAACCUAUCCUGUGAUCUGCCAGAAGAGAGGUACAGACAUGAAAUUGCACAUGAUGGGCAGAGGAUUUACAUCUUGGGAGGUGGUACUUCCUGGACAGCUUAUUCCUUAAACAAGAUCCAUGCAUACAACCUUGAAACAAACGCAUGGGAGGAAAUUGCCACAAAACCCCAUGAAAAAAUAGGUUUCCCUGCAGCCCGAAGAUGUCACAGUUGUGUCCAAAUAAAAAAUGAUGUGUUUAUUUGUGGGGGCUAUAACGGAGAAGUGAUCCUGGGAGAUAUCUGGAAGUUGAACCUGCAGACUUUUCAGUGGGUGAAGCUCCCAGCUACCAUGCCCGAGCCAGUUUAUUUUCACUGUGCAGCUGUUACACCGGCUGGUUGCAUGUACAUUCAUGGAGGAGUGGUGAACAUCCAUGAAAACAAACGGACUGGGUCAUUGUUUAAGAUCUGGCUGGUGGUACCUAGCCUGCUGGAACUGGCAUGGGAGAAGCUGCUUGCGGCCUUCCCUAACCUAGCAAACCUCUCCCGAACACAGCUUCUGCACCUUGGACUCACACAGGGACUCAUCGAGCGCUUGAAAUGAGGAUUUCUGGACUGUUCAUUGAUACUGGAAAUGUUAAUUUAAAGAGACUCCUUUAUUUAUGGGCAGUGUAGAAUAUACUACAAAGAGGAUUGGUUACCCUGAUCAAGGCCUUAUUCAGAAAAUACAUCAGAUGCCUUUCUGUAAAUUGGUUUUAAGUUUAUGGAAAUCUCA